UCAUGAACAAAAACAGGUUAGUCGGUCCAGUAGCUGAGAAGUUUGAAUGCUGAACAUACAGCCACAGUCUGUUUCCCCUGACCUACACACUGGAAGUGGGGAUCUAUUAACACUAAGUAAUAGGAAGUGAUACUUGGCAUAACAUGACUGGCUUGUUUUUUUUCCUAGGGUCAGUUGAGAAUGAAAAGACAGGGAGGCAGGAUAGACAGCUUCUUUAUAAAAAGAAGCAAAUCAGGCACAGAUCAAACAGGGUUCAGCUCUGACAUCAGCAGUCCUGGUAGCUCAUGUCCUGAGAACAGUCACGAGAAAGAAAGUCUGGCAAACACCAAUCCACCAUCACCAGUUCCAUCAAAGGAGGAGUCUGAAAACACAGAAAGCUCUGCGCCUGACCAGGAUGAUGAUGAGCCAGAAGGGGCAAUUGCAGGAGAUACCACUGAUCUCUUCUCAGCAGUGUCCAGCACUCCUUUUGCUUUUCCAAAAGGACCCAGUGAUAUUUCAAAGUCAAAAGAACAGGGCCCUGUUCAGCCAAGUUUGACAAACUUCCCCAGAACUCAGCAUGGAACAAGAAAGAGAACUUUUCACAGCUCCUGGUACAAAGACUAUUCUUGGUUAGAAUAUUCUGUUAUUAAAGACUCCUCCUACUGCUUUGCCUGUAGGCAUUUUUCUUUGCCUAAUGCACCAGAUAGUGUCUUUGCUUCGCAUUCCGGCUUCAGUAAUUGGAAAAAGGCAUUGUCCAAGGAGUCUGGAUUUAAGCUUCACUCAAAGUUAGAGCACCAUGUAAAUGCAAUGUAUGCAUGGAGUCAAUAUAAAAGGGCUAAUGAGGGAAAUACAACCAUGCUAAAUUCUAUAAACACAAACCGGAAAAAAGUGGUGGAAGAAAACCGUUAUUAUAUUAAAACAAUAGCCGAUGUUCUUCUUUUGACUGCAACACAAAAUAUUGCUCAAAGGGGUCAUCGAGAGUCUGGGGACUCUAGAAAUAAGGGAAACUUUUUGGCUAUAUUGGAUGAAAUAGCAAAGCAUGAUCAGUUAGUUAAUUGAAAAAAAGCUUAGAGGAUGUGCCAAUGCAAAAUACACAAGUCAUCAAAUCCAAAAUGAAAUUCUUCAGGGCUUAGCAGAGAUGGUACAGACUGAAAUCAUAAAAGAAGUGAAGGAAUGUGAAGUGUUCAGUGUUAUUGCAGAUGAAACAAAAGACUUGCAAAAAAAGGAACAAAUGUCUUUGGUUGUACGAUAUUAUUACAAUGGUGUCAUCCACGAAAGCUUCCUAUGUUUCCAGGCAGCUGAAAGCCUUAAUGCAGCAGGUCUUAGUGCAAUGAUCAUUAGCUGUCUUGAGAAACAUGGUCUGGACUACAGGAAUAACCUAGUGGGACAGGGUUAUGACGGUGCAUCCGUCAUGAGUGGGAAGCAUUCUGGUGUAUCUGCCAGAAUUCAGAGCAAUGCCAGAUUUGCAUUUUAUGUUCAUUGUAACGCACAUUGCUUGAAUUUAGUCCUUGUUGAUGCUACCAAAGCAGUCCCUGAGGUCGUUGACUUUUUUGCACUUCUACAGCAGCUUCAUAACUUUGUGUCUGGCUCUUAUGUUCAUCUGAGGUGGCUUGACGUACAGAAAGAGUUGUAUCCAGCAGAACAACCCAGGGAGCUCCAGGCACUUUCAGAUACGAGGUGGGCCUGCAGGUAUACGGCAUGCCGUACCAUGAGAGACAGACUUCCAGCAGUUCUGAGAUUGUUGCAGGAUAUUGCACUUGAAAGAAAUGGCGAAAGAACAGUGGAGGCAAGGGGCCUGCUUCUUCAAAUAGAUAUCCAAUUUUUAGGUCUUUUGGUUACCUUUUGUAAAGUGCUUGGUGAUGCCAAAUGUCUUUCCGACAUGCUUCAGUCCAGCACU